GGCUAUUGCCAGCGCAGCUAGACUAGCGAGGAAAACUCUCAUGUAAGUUUUACUCGGACAAUGUGAGGAAAAUGAGUGAGACGAGCUCUGACUGGGUGGAGAUCCUCGAGCCUCGCUCCCGCGAGCGCAUGUUCGUCAACCUGCUGACAGGGGAGUGUGGCUGGGAGCCCCCGGCCAACGUCGCCGUGCGUCAGUCCGACGGCAGCCAGUGGUGGGAGCUGUUUGACCAAAACAACAACCGUUUCUACUACUACAACUCUGCCACGAGGCAGACUGAGUGGCACCGGCCCCAGAACUGCGACGUGGUGCCCCUGGCGCAGCUGCAGGCCAUGAAGCGUAGUUCCGAGUCAGGGCUCGGGCGCCCCAGUGCGCACAGGGGCAGCGGCACCAGCAGCGAGGGCCGCCGCACCCCCCUGCACGGACCCAGCAUUGCUGCCCCCCCAGCGCCCCUGGAGUUGGACUCCACUGGCAGAGAGACCCCCGCCAAGGGCAGAGGAGACAGCCUGGACAGCAGGAAGGAUCACGGGAGGGACUCCUCUCAGAGAUGGCAGCCGACCCCUGGUUCGAAAGCAACUAUGCUGGUGAAAGUGAACAGCAUCGGCAGGAACCAGACAGCAGGCUCGGGUAACAUCCUGCUGCAUCACAACAACAACAACAAUCCAGUGAGCUCCCAACCCAGCAAACCCACAGGGGGAUACAUUCCCCCCACUCAGGCUGACAGAACCCCGCUGCCCAGCAAGAUGCCAUCCUCCCCUGGCGACUCCAAGCAGGCCAGGCAGAUCAAAAAGACUGACAAAGGCAGCUUCUGCUUGGUAAUGUCCAACAGCAACUCUUCCUCUGUGACCUAUGAUACGCCUCAGAGGUCUCAGGCAGGAGGGUCACGACCCGGGUCCCCCAAAUACGCCUCCACAGCACCCAUCUAUGAUGAACCGCCGCUGGAGUCUCCCAUCUACGAUGAGCCACCCAUGGAAAUGGAGGUGGAGGCUGCGCACCUCCAAAACGGGCCUUCCGCCCAGCACUUCACCCCCACCCACAGUCUGCAGAAGCAGCAGCAGCAGCAACAAGCCAAGCUGCUCCAGCACCCAUCUGUGCAACAGCAGUCCAAGCACAAGAGGAACCCCUCGGCAACAGAAUACAGCCCUGCAGGCAGAGAGUGCAUCAAACACAUGGUCAACGUUGAGUCUUCCUCCAAACAGGCUCAGCAGUCGUCAUCCCCAAGCCCCGUUGGAACCUCCGACAGCCUGGCAUCUGCGAAGCUUCAGCCAGCCCAGCAGCAAAAAGACGUGUCGGAGAAGAAGCAGUCCUGGAGGAUCUUGGAGGCCAACGUGUUGAAGAGCAUCGAGGCACGCCACAGCCGGCAGAACAGCCUGGCGUCCCAGGAGUACCCCACCGUCGCCACAGUGACCUAUCAGGACUCUGGCUACUCCACCGGGCCCUCGCCCAGCCUGCGGAGGAAGAACAGGAGGAGACAGAUGGUAGGCGGUGGGCAGGGUCGGCCAGGCUCUGUGGGAAGCAGCGGGGAGCUCAGCGUCCUCAAUGAGAAGCUUAUGGCAGAGAUGCGGGCAGUGGUGGGCCGGUCGGCUACCACUCGGGGAAGCAAGGCCAGCCUGGAGACGGAAAUGUCAGAGAAUUCCAUCCCCCACGACACCAGCCAAGCCCGCUCCCCAUUGGACUCUCUGAAGAAGUAUGGCAGCUGCAUUGGGUCCAGAGACGACAUCACAGCCAGCAACCGCUCCUUGUACCGACCUGGCCAAGGCGCCAGGGCCAGCUGCCACAGCGACGCCUCCGCCCCCACGCCACAGACGGAGGGGCAGGUCCGGCAGAAACGGACUUACGAGAAAGUGGACUCCCUGGAGAAGAGCAUCACCAGUCAGAUCAGCCUGUCCUCCCCUGAACCAACCAGAUCUCCAUCGCAGGCAGGAACACUGGAAUCCAACUCAAAACUGGAGAACGGCCAGAAGGGUAGCAGCACGCUGGGCUCCACUGUAGUGGGUUACCAGUUCCCUUACGCCACGCUGCGCAAACCUCCGACCGAGGCCAGCAUGGCGGACUGGGCCUCCAAGAACCUCAACAUGCACACCCAGGGCAUCUUCCGCCGGAGAGUGUCCAUCGCCAACAUGCUCUCCUGGAACCGGGGCUCCAUCAAGAAGCCCAUGCUGAUCACCAGCGACAGGACUGUGAAGAAGGAGGCCUGCGAGAUGUUCAAGCUGGUGCAGGUCUACAUGGGAGACCGGCAGGCCCGGCUAGAGCGACCCCACGUGGCCCUCAUCAUCGUCACCAAGUGCUGGAGCAUGCAGGCCCUGAGGGACGAGCUCUACAUUCAGCUGGUCAGGCAGACCACGGACAAUCAGUGCCACCGCAGCAUGACUGCCGGCUGGGAGCUCUUGGCUAUCAGCCUGGCCUUCUUCUCACCCUCACCCAAGUUCCGCUGCUACCUGGAGGGCUACAUUCAGAGGCACCUUGACCCGGCAUACAAUAAGAAAAUUACACAAAAUAUCAAGGACCAGUUGGAAACAAAAAAUAAGAAGAACUCAAAAUCAAGAAAAAAGAGAAAACAGAACACGGAAGAAGAGGGUUUGCCGAUCAGCACCUAUGCACAGUACUGCUACCGCAAACUGCAGAAAGUGGCUGUCACGGGAGGCAAAAAGGGUCUGCGGAAGCCCACCAUCGAGGAGAUUGACCACGCCAAGAACGCCAUUGUGACGCCCUCGUUGUUCGGCAGCGCUCUGGAGGAGAUCAUGCAACGGCAGCACCAGCUCUUCCCUGACCGCAAGCUGCCCUGGGCACAGGUCCAGCUCUCCCAGUAUGUGCUGUCGCUUGGGGGAGCCCAGACUGAGGGCAUAUUCAGAGUGCCUGGUGAUAUCGAUGAGGUCAACGCACUGAAGAUACUAGUUGAUCAGUGGAAAAUCCCAGACAAUCUUUCUGAUCCUACCGUCCCAGCAUCCUUGCUGAAGCUGUGGUACAGAGAGCUGGAGGAGCCGCUCAUCCCACAGAGCUUCUACCAGCAGUGUAUCAGCAACUACGAGAACCCCGAGGCUGCCAUUGCCGUGGUGCAGUUCCUGCCUGAGCUCAACCGCCUGGUCCUCUGUUACCUCAUCCACUUCCUGCAGGUUUUCGCACAGCCAGUGAACGUGAGCAAAACCAAGAUGGACGUCAACAACUUGGCAAUGGUGAUGGCGCCAAACUGUCUGCGGUGCCAGUCGGACGAUCCCCGCAUCAUCUUCGAGAACACGCGCAAGGAGAUGUCCUUCCUGCGCAUGCUGAUCGUGCACCUAGACACCAGUUUCAUCGAAGGGAUUGUGUGAACACUGCCUCUGGCACGCUUCUUGACGUCUGUCAAUAUGACCUUUUUCUUUCUUUGUUUUUAUUUUUUAAUCUUCUGUUUGAAAA